ACUUUCAUUUUGACUCUCGCAGCCGCUCUGAACCAUAAUUUCCCCUCCCACAAAGCUCCAUACCAAUCCAGAAAAUGACAACCCGCUUCAAGAAGAACCGCAAGAAGCGAGGCCACGUAAGCGCCGGACACGGCCGUAUCGGCAAGCACCGCAAGCAUCCGGGAGGUCGCGGUAACGCCGGAGGCAUGCAUCACCACAGAAUCCUCUUCGACAAGUAUCACCCUGGGUAUUUCGGGAAAGUCGGUAUGAGGUACUUCCACAAGCUCCGCAACAAGUUCUACUGCCCCAUCGUUAACAUCGACAAGCUCUGGUCUCUCGUCCCGCAAGAUGCGAAGGCCAAAGCCAACAAGGAUGCCGGCCCGAUGAUCGACGUGACUAAGUACGGCUACUUUAAGGUCCUCGGAAAAGGUGUCUUGCCCGAGAACCAGCCCAUCGUGGUUAAGGCUAAGUUGGUUUCCAAGACUGCCGAGAAGAAGAUUAAGGAGGCUGGCGGUGCUGUUGUGCUCACCGCCUAGGUUAGCAUUUUUCAGUUUUCGUUUUGUUUUUUGAUUUGAAAGACAGUUGUGUUAUGUUAUUAUCUUUUGUUGUUUGGAGUUAAACUUGAAAUGUGAUUUUGAAUUUAUUUUGGCCAAUUAUAUGUCAAGUGCUCGACUAUUUGCAU